AUGGCUGCUGCAGGGUGGCUGGAUGUCACCGUGAUUGGUGCGCGGGAUCUUAAAGACACGGAGAUUUUUGGCAUGCAAGAUCCGUAUGCGGUUCUGAUGUACGGUCAGCAGACUCAUCGCACCAAGACCCACAAAGACGGACACACGUCGCCUGUGUGGAACACGACCUUCCGCCUGAACGUUAUCCAUGGCGUCGACGAGGCUCAAGUCGCCGUCUGGAACGAAAACAGAAAGGCGGAUGACAAGAUUGGCACUUGCAAGGUGAAUAUCCGACAGGCCUUCAGCUUUCCAGUGUGGGACACAUGGCAUCCUCUCUUUACUCCCAAGGGCAGGCAGCAGGGAAGUCUUCGUCUCGCUCUGAAGUAUUACCCACCUGUCGGUGCUCCUGGCGCCCCCGCCGCAGCAGCUGCUGCCUCCUCCCACGCCGCCCCUCCCCCUCACGGGUACCCCCAGCAGCACGCCCCUCCCCCUGCCGGCCACGCGCCCCCACCAUCCGGUUACCCAGGUUACCCCCCUCAGGGUGGUUACCCUGGCGCUGCUCCCGCGCCCUAUGGCGCCCCUCCCCCUGGCGGACACGCCCCUGCGCCUUAUGGCGCUCCCCCCCCUGGCGGACAUGCUCCUGCCCCCUAUGGCGCCCCUCCCCCUGCCGGACAUGCCCCUGCGCCUUAUGGCGCCCCUCCCCCUCAUGGCUACCCGCCCGCCCCCUACGGCGCUCCCGCUCCCCACGGUUACCCUCCCCAGGGUUACCCGCCCCAGGGUUACCCUGGGUACGGUGCUCCUCCUCCCGCCCAUGGGCAUGCGCCUCCUCAUGUGCAUCAUGCUCCCAAACCGGCUGUGGUGGUGGUGCAUGGCCAUGGCCACCACCACCAUCACAAGCACAAGAAGUUCAAGGGUGGCUUCAAGAGGAAAGGGUUCUUCGGUAAGAGAAAGGGCUUUUUCGGAGGCAAGGGCUUUUUCUGA